AUGAGUUUGGUCCGGUCCGGACCGAACCGAACCGUUGCACACCCCUACUCUCACCGCCGCCAGAUCCUAUCCGCCGGAGAAAUCGAACCGCCCUUUCUGAUCGCCUCAGACGCCCAGGGACCGGUCUGUAGCUUUCUACCACCCGUGAAGAGUGAAGUCCGAUCCAUUUUGGAUUGCAACAAGGACUUGCUCUUGAUAGGGGUCGAGGAGAGCAUGAAUGACGCUGAGUCGGGCAGAAGGUUCUUGGUCUGCAAUCCCUUUUCAAAGCAAUGGGUCGCCAUUCCUUUAGCGCCUCCCAUGCUCACGUCGAGGCAGGGGAGAUGGACUGCGAGAUUGGUGUGUGAGCCCUGCAAUUCUAUUACAUUGGAUUUGGGCGACGCAGAAGAAGCAAUCACUCACCAUUCGGACUAUCGAUUCUGCGUGGUGCGUAUGUUCGAAUUGGAGGCCGGAAUUACGGUAUUCCAGGUAUUCCGUUCGAACUCUGAGGAAUGGUUGGGGUCGAUAGCCUUUUCGUAUGGCAUAGCACCACAUUGGAAUCCUCACAAUGUUGCAGUUUCGCUGAAUGGGAGGUUGUAUUGGGAGAAUGGGCUAGGACAGUUUUUCGAGUGGAAUCCUUUCCUCCUCCAUAGCGACGAUGAUGAUGAUGAUGAGAGGAAGCCAACUCUAACUGACGCUUAUGGUUUCAAACCUGGUUCCUCCCUUUGGGUCUCACAAGGUCUCUCGGAUUGCUAUGAUUUCCUGCAAUUUGAAGAGAGAAGAGCUAGAGGUCUUAAUUUACCAAUGUUAGUAUGGGACUGCAUUAGAUCGUACGAUCUUGAAGAACUCUUUGCAUGUCUUAUUCAAAUUGAAUUAAACAUGUAAUGGACUUGAUUCAAACCCGAUGCUGUCAUCACAAGGUUUGCCCUCAAUGACUUGCUAGCAUUGGACCAGCUUCCAUCUUUACCUCCUACAGUUAUUCUCUAAAUUGUCUUAGAUCAAUGCUACCAGUUAGAAAUGAGUCAAUGACGUGAAAUGCAUAGCUGGGAACUUAGAGGCCAACAGACUCAGUUAAUCUUGUUGCUUGUUCACUUUUCAGUGACAUGCCUAACUGCAGAAUGUCGUCUUUCAGGUUAACUGUCCUGGUGUUGUUUGUAAAUAACAGACACUUCUUGUCAUGCAUUGUUUGUAGUGCAUCUAAGUUUACAGUCUGAGAAAAAUACUACCACUCUUGUAGUCUAUAGUAUGAACAUGGAUGAUGACAUUAUGUAGUGUUCAUAAUCUUUGGGAAUUGUACUUGCUUGUUCAGAAUUGUGCAUUUCUGCCAUGUUAUUCUUCAAGUCACUGCCUCUAGCUACAAUUACUUAUCAAUUAUUUUGUUGAGCCUACUCAUUAGAGUAUCAUUGUAAUGAGAAUAUUGUUGUUAUUUACCCCAUAUGGCCUUAUACGAUCUGUUACAUCUCCCCAUUAAUGGUGGCUUAAGUUGUUGAAGGAAGAAGCUGCAUUUCAUACAGUAUGGUAAUUCUGUAGAGUGCAUGUGGUUAUGCCAUCUCAGUAGUUGCUUUUGUGUGAAAAGACGUUUAUAAGCUUUGCGUACUCCCAGCUUGAUUUAAUAAUAUCUUAUGGCUGCUAUUGUAUUUUCAGCAGUGCUUAAUUCUACAGCACAUGGGAGAUUUCGCUUGGUUCAGAUAAAGAUCUUCGUCCCAUGUCAAAAGAAGGUCUGUAACUUAUUCGACAUGCAGGAAAUUUAUCCAGAUGCACAGGGAAACCGUUUGGAAACUAUAUGUUGGUGAUCUCUUGAUGCGUUCGAAGGGGAAAAGCACAACAAACAGAAGAACUGAGUGAUUAGGCAUCUCUUGCCUGUUGUUUUUGUUCAUGCAGAUGUUCUUGAAGGCUGCUGGAAUAAACAAACGUUAUAUUGUCUGCUGAAUCGAAUGCAUAACAGACUUGAAAUUUUCACACAUGUUAGAAUUUUAAAAAGAAAACUUCGCUUAGGAUCAAUUCUUGAUGAUGCCAUGUCGGACUAGCUAUGCAGAGUCUCACGGUUGAAGGCAGUCUGUAUGCGUAAUUUUUUGCAGUCUAUAGUGUAUAUAUACUUCUAUUCUCGCAUCA